GAUGAACUGCGUUCGACGCGUGACGUAAACGGCGACGAGUCGGGUCCCGACAAAGUCUCCUGCUUAGCGGUGGCGCUCCUUCACGCUGAAAAAUCAGUUUCGGAAGCUUCCAAAUUGCAAUCACACCUCUAUAAUUCCAACUCGCCGAUUCCCAAUCCUCACGCUUCGGAUCUUUGAUUUUACCCAAACAGGUGACCAUCUCUCUACAAUUAUCCUUCUCGAUUCCUAUACCAAUUGAUCCUUCUCAUCUUCUCAACUUUGAUGCUCCUUUAGGGCCCCCGAUAUGAGGUCAAUGGCAUCUUCUGCAGAUCCAUGGACAAGAGAAUACAAUGAAGCAGUUAAGCUCGCUGAUGAUAUCAACAGUAUGAUUUCUGAACGGAGUUCUUUACCUGCUUCGGGACCAGAAGCACAACGUCAUGCAUCUUCUAUACGGAGAAAAAUUACAAUAUUGGGAACUAGACUUGAUAGUUUGCAGUCACUUCUUGCAAAGCUUCCUAGCAAACAACCUCUAACAGAGAAAGAGAUGAAUCGUCGCAAGGAUAUGCUUGCAAACUUGAAAUCAAAAGUAAACCAGAUGGCCUCCACAUUGAACAUGCCAAAUUUUGCAAACAGAGAUAGCUUGCUUGGGCCAGAAAAUAAGGUUGAUGCCAUGAGCAGAACGAAUGGCUUGGACAACUAUGGCGUUGUUGGUCUUCAACGGCAAAUAAUGAAAGAACAAGAUGAAGGCCUUGAGAAAUUGGAAGAGACAGUGAUAAGUACAAAACAUAUUGCUUUGGCGGUUAACGAGGAACUUGACCUUCAUACUAGAUUAAUUGAUAACCUGGAACAACAUGUAGAUGUUACUGAUUCUCGAUUACAGCAAUCAGGCCAUGCACUUGUGCUAUCUAAUUGCCAGGAACGUGAUUCGAAACAAUUACAGUGAGUUCUUCCACACCUUGUAUGGGUAUUAUUUUCUUAGCAAGUGAUAAUAAGAUGUGUCAAAUUUUAAUGCAUUUCAUUUUUUGAAAUGUUAUGUCUUUCUGUUCUGAAAAAGGGAAGUAAAAAUAUCUAAACAAAGAAUUCAGCAACUGGACAUGUUAUAGAUGUUUCUGAAUUGAAACCAUUGAUUGUGAAACUGGUAUCGUAAAUGGGGACUAAUGUUCAGUUAUUGGAGUCUUCACAUGCAUCUCGAUAAAAGUGACUUCAAUUUUCUUUUAUUUAGGACCUGACUUUCUUAUAUUCUUCCAUGUUCUGUUAUAUGACAAUGC